GGAGGAGACAGCGUGGUUAAAUACUACAACAAUUUCUCGUUUUAAACGAUUAUUUAACAGCUACAGUUUGAGGUUUGACGACCUUUAACCCGACAAGUCGAAGAAAGCCUUCAGAGAUCUCUUUACACCAUGCCUCAUCGAAAGAAGAAAUCGUUCAUUGAAAAGAAGAAGGCUGUGACCUUUCACCUCGUCCACAGGAGUCAGAGAGACCCGUUGGCUGCUGAUGAGAAAGCCCCGCAGCAUGUCCUCCUGCCCACCACCAAGGUGGAAGUAGAGAAGAGGCGUGAGGAGCAGAGGAAUUUCGGCGUCUUCUUUGACGACGACUACAAUUACCUGCAGCACCUGAAGGAGUCGUCCAGCCAGACGGAGCUGGUGGCAUCCGGCCCCUCGCAUGCCGAGAGACAAGAGUUUCAGCUCCACGAUGAAGAGGAAGAGGACGAAGGGGACAUGGACACUGCUGCUCCUGGAGCAACCAUCAGUCUGCCUUCUUCAGUGUUCGCCUCAGAAUUUGAAGAGGAUGUCGGACUUCUGAACAAAGCUGCUCCCAUCUCAGGACCCCGUCUGGACAUGGACCCCGACAUCGUGGCCGCUCUCGACGAAGACUUUGACUUCGACGACCCCGACAACCUCCUGGACGACGACUUCAUCACCAAGGCCAACAGCGCGAGCGCAGCAGGACACAUGAGAGGUGACGACGAAGACGAAGAUGACGGCGAAGAGUGGGAGGACACGGACGAGGAAGGCGACUUUGACUCUGAGGGUGGAUUCUCGGGGGAGGAAGACGGCGGUCGCGAGUUUAUGUUCAUGGACGAGGAGACGAAGACUCGCUUCACGGAGUACUCGAUGUCGUCGUCGGUGAUGAGGAGGAACGAGCAGCUCUCCCUGCUUGACGACCGCUUCGAAAAGUUUUAUGAACAGUUUGACGACGAUGAGAUCGGCGCUCUGGACAACGCUGAGCUGGAAGGCUUCAUCGAACCGGACAGCGCUCGCCUGGAGGAAGUUAUCAAAGACUACUUCAAACAGAAAGAGAAAGAAUACCAGAGGCCUGAUGACCUGGGUCCAAAAGAACUUCCUGUUCUGAAGGAGGAGGAGGAAGAAGAAGAUGAAGAGGGGGAUGAGGAAAUGGAAACUCUGGUGAUUAAAGCCCCAGAUGAGAAGUGGGACUGUGAAACCAUCAUCAGCACAUAUUCCAACAUCUAUAACAGACCCAAAGUCAUCAAAGAUCCUCCAAAGACGAAGCCGAUCCGGGUGUCCAGUAAGACCGGCAUCCCGCUGGACGUUCUCCCCUCCAGAGGACCGACCAGCAAGCAGGCGGAGCGCAUGACCAUGAUCAACGACUCGGACCUGCCCCGCGUCUCCACCCAGCCCCGAUGCAAGGAGGAGAGCAAAGAGGAGAGGAAAGCCAGGAAGCAGGCCAUCAAGGAGGAACGCAAGGAGAGGAGAGUCGAGAAGAAAGCCAACAAGCUGGCGUUCAAGGAGGAGAAAGUCCGGCAGGAGAAGCAGAUGUUGAACCUGAGGACAAACGUUCAGGGCCUGAAGCUGUCGUAGCCGACCAGAGACGCUCGGCUCACACAGACUUUUUCUAUCUGCUGACGGUCACGCUUCAGCGGAGCGGACAGGACGACAAACAGCCCCAAAACAAAGAGGACUGACAGGUUUCUGACAGACUUUAAAACAGAGCCGAGGGUUCCUCAGGUCACCGUGUGAGACCAUUAAUUUAACCCUGCUUUGAAUAAAAAAGAGCAACUUUAUCUACAGUAAACCAGCUCAGGUCACCGAGUUUGAAAUCACUUUGGGUACUGAACGUAAAAUCUGUGAUACGAGGCAAACUGUUUUUUCUCUACGCCUGUUUACCAAAAGUUGACCAACAGAAGACUAAUCAGCAGCUAUUUCAGUUUUUAAGCAGAAAUGCUGAAACAUCUUCUGGCUUCUGCCUCUGACGUGAGCAUUUUAUAGUUUUCUUCGUCUCCUGUGAUGUUAAACUGGACGACUUUGGGUCCAAUUAAAUCACUAAAAUAUUCUACAGAUUAAUCAAUAAUCUUUAUUUGCAGGCCUGUCUGGUCAGAUUAUUAUCAGUGUAUCUUGCACAGCUGCUCAUGUUAAACCACAUUCAACAAUCAAGAACACUGCCGCCUUCUGCUAAAUGGAAAAUACCUCAAUGAACAUUUUGGAUUAAAAAGAAAUAUUGUUUGGCAUCUCUACCAAACCUGAUUUGUAUCAAAAGGUUUAAAGCUAAACCCAGCCCUGAGUUAAUAAAUGAAAAUAUCAAUAUUGUUCAAUAUUCUU